CGCGACGGGUGGUAGCGAUUUUCAGCAUUACAGGUCCGAGUCUACGACGAAGCCACCAGGAAAAUCGUGCAUACGUUAAGUGAUGGGGUCGUCGCACAGCGAUGGGAUCAAAGUUGUGGGCCACUCCAACCGUGUUUUCGCUGUUCGUUGGCAUCCCGUCGAUUCUCACAUCAUUUUGAGCGGAGGCUGGGACAACACUGUCCAGAUCUGGGAUUUGCGCUGUGGUAGAUCGGUGAGGAGCAUCUUUGGACCAAAGCUGUGCGGGGAAGCUCUUGACGUGUCUGAUAACAACAAGAUCCUAACCGGCUCUUGGCGAUCCACCAAACAAUUACAGGAAUGGGACUUUGGAACUGGUGACCUGAUAAGAACACUGGAGUGGAUGAGCAACGAGCCGAGCCAAGUCUACACUGCUCAGUACGGGAAGGGCCUCUCUCACAAAUACAUUGUUGCUGGAGGGAGCAAACCAAACGGUGCUUGCGUUUUCCACAAAGACGGUGGCCAGGCACUCGCGGGAGUCUCCGGACUGGAGAAAGCUGUUUACUCGGUCGCCAUCUCCGAGUCUGGAUCUUACCUCGCGGUCACCACGGCAGAUAACGUCUAUCUCUACGACAUGAUCGACCUCACGAGCUCCAUUUAUGAAAAUGGUGGGGAGGGGAAUCGAACCGCGGCAGGGGGUCUGACGUGGCCGCCACGGGGGCAUCGAGCGCGGCCGGACUAGGGUUAUGACAUGGGUUCCUUCCAUGAUCUGCGAGCGCCGUGUCGGACGAAGGCUCUCUAGACCUACUAUGAUUUGUGGAGGGAGCGAUGGAGGGAGUGUGCAUUCCGGCCUCUAGCGGAGGAUUUCUCCCUUGUUCCCUCUCAUGGCAGGAUCUUGCAAGAAUGCGGUAGCGCGAGGGAUC